CAUCUCUGGUUCAUUUUCAUGGAUGAAAUCCAAAUGGGUCUUUCACCAACUAAACUCCCGCCACCCUUCUUUGUCUUCUCUCUUUUCUCCACUCAAAACCAAAACAACCUCUCAACACCCAUAUUCAAGCUCUGCAAAACACGUCCUCAACCAUGUACAAAUCAGCCACCUCUUAUCUGUUUCUGCAAAAGACGGCCAGUUUUAUAUGGGUCCUUCUCUUCACGCCUUCUUCGUCAAAGGCCCCCAGUAUUUUGACGUCCAGAACCAAUGUAACAUUCAUAAUGUUGCCGUUAUUUGGAACUCUCUUUUGUCUUUGUAUACAAAAUGUGGUCCCAUAAAUGAUGCCGUUAAAUUGUUCGACGAAAUGCCGAUUAGAGAUACAGUGUCGUGGAAUAUAAUGAUAUCUGGGUUUUUGAGAGAUGGGGACUUUGAUACUGGUUUUGGGUACUUUAAGAGAUUGCUUGAAUUAGGUUUUGAUUGGUUAGAUCAAGCUAGUUUUACUACAAUGUUAUCGGCUUGUGAUAUACAGGAGUAUAGUUUUGUCACUAAAAUUAUACAUUGUUUAGUUGUUUUAAGUGGGUAUGAGCAAGAGGUAACAGUUGGUAAUGCGUUGAUUACUUCAUAUUUUAAAUGUGGGAGUUGUGGUUUAGGGAGGCAGGUUUUUGGUGAGAUGAGAGAAAGGAAUGUAAUUACUUGGACAGCUGUUAUUUCUGGGCUAGUGCAAAAUCAGUUGUAUGAUGAUAGUUUGAAGUUGUUUGCAGAAAUGCGUUGUGGAUCGGUUAAUCCAAAUUUCCUAACGUACUUGAGCUCACUGAUGGCAUGUUCGGGUUUACAGGCAUUAAGGGAAGGGCGUCAAAUCCAUGGAAUUCUGUGGAAGUUGGGGAGUCAGUCGGAUGUGCGCAUCGAGAGUGCACUGAUGGACAUGUACUCGAAAUGUGGAAGUGUGGAAGAUGCUUGGCGGGUUUUUGAGUCAGCUGAGGAACUUGAUGAGGUUUCGAUGACUGUAAUUCUUGUGGGGUUUGCACAAAAUAAGUUUGAGGAUGAAGCGAUACAAUUUUUCGUGAAAAUGGUUAAGGCAGGAAUUGAGAUUGAUCCAAAUAUGGUUUCAGCUGUUCUUGGGGUAUUUGGUGUUGAUACUUCUUUGGGUCUCGGUAAGCAAAUUCACUCCGUGAUUGUUAAAAGAGGCUUCACCUCUAAUCCCUUCGUAAGCAAUGGGCUGAUCAACAUGUACUCCAAGUGUGGAGAUUUGAAGGAGUCAAUCAAAGUUUUCAGUCGAAUGUCUGAUAAGAACUCAAUCUCAUGGAAUACCAUGAUUGCAGCUUUUGCUCGUCAUGGAAAUGGUUCUAGAGCACUAGAGUUGUACGAAGAGAUGAGAUUGGAAGGUAUCAAGCCAACGGAUGUCACAUUUCUCUCUUUGCUUCAUGCUUGUAGCCAUGUUGGCCUAGUUGAAAAGGGCAUGGAAUUCUUUAAAUCAAUGACUGAAGUUCACAAAAUCAGUCCCAGGACAGAGCAUUACGCAUGUGUAGUCGACAUGUUGGGUCGGGCAGGACUUCUCAACGAAGCUAAAAGCUUCAUUGAAGGAUUGCCCGUGAAGCCUGAUUUACUGGUUUGGCAAGCCUUACUUGGUGCUUGCAGCAUUCACGGCGAUUCUGAAAUGGGAAAAUAUGCUGCUGAUCAGUUAAUUCUGGCUGCACCCAACAGCCCAGCACCGUACAUUUUACUGGCGAAUAUAUAUUCAUCCAAAGGUAGAUGGAGAGAAAGAGCAAGAACUAUUAGAAGAAUGAAGGAAAUGGGGGUGGAUAAAGAGACUGGUAUUAGUUGGAUUGAGAUAGAAAAUGCAGUCCAUAGCUUUGUUGUUGAUGAUAGAAGUCAUCCAAAUGCUGAGAUCAUUUAUGAAGUUCUAGCAGAGUUGUUUAGACACAUGAUUGAUGAGGGAUAUCAACCAGAUAAGAGGUUUAUACAAACGGAGCAACUCCCUCCACGGCUCCACCACCAGAACCUGAGAAAAAAAAUGGAACAUUUGUGUCUCAACAGUUCGCUUCCUCUAAUUCUUUCGAUUCAAAAAGCAGUUGCAAAACCCAACCGUCACAACUUUCCCUCCCACUCAAGGACUCCACUUCGUUGCCCUUCUAAAACCUUCACCGUAAGAAACAGCAAAGAGACAACCGGAGACAGCGCUCCUCCUUCUCCUCUCUCCAGUUCUUCGGCUUACGCCAUUCUCGGCGUCGAGCCAAGCUGCUCAGCCGCGGAGCUUAAAGCUGCUUUUCGUUCCAAAGUUAAACAAUACCAUCCAGAUUUGAAUAGAGAUGGGAAAGAUUCUGAUUCAAUGAUUAGACUUGUAAUUCAAGCUUAUGAGAUGUUAUCGGAAUACAGCCGAUCGGAAAUCAUUGAAAGGGAAUGUUUAGAUCCUUUUGAUGAUCCAGAAUGUGAAGCAUUUGAUAUAUUCGUCAAUGAGGUUCUCUGUGUUGGCAGAGGAUGCCCAUAUUCAUGUGUCAAAACAGCUCCUCAUGCUUUCACAUAUGUUUCCUCAACUGGAACUGCAAGGGCAACUUCUCAAGGACAUGGUGAAGAUUACCAAGUCCAGCUUGCAGUUGGCCAGUGCCCAAGAAGUUGCAUUCAUUAUGUCACGCCUUCCCAGAGAAUUAUUCUCGAGGAGUUACUUGAGAGUAUCUUGAAUGUGCCUUAUGAUAUAUCAGCUGAGGCAGACUUGCUUUAUUCUCUAAUCACUAAAGCUAAGUUCGAGAACAAUCGGUAUCAAAAGCCAAAAAAGCAACCCAAAACUUCCUCCAAACAUGUUGAUUGGUUCUGACUUCUGGAUACCAUCUAGUUAUGUGCUGUUAAAACUUAUCUUCAGAAACUUGACAUGUACUCAACAUCACGGUCAAAUACUUGAAGAUGGAAGCAAAUUCAAUGAGAUGUUGAUGUCCAUUUUCUGUAUUUCAGUGCCGAUGCUUCUUUGAUGUUAGGUAGAAGUAAGCAAUACCAGAAUUGAGCCAAAGAUCAAAAUGCAUCAGUGUGAUGCUUGGACUAUAUGAUCCCAUAUCUGGUUGCCGGAAGUUAGCUUUGUUCUCAAAUAAAAAGGUCAUAAGAUGAGGGGAGAAAUUAUUCUUGUAAGAGGUUCUAU